UUUAAAGUGUCAAAAUGGUUGUGGAAAAGUUAUUGAUGAAUAAUUUGGUAAAAAUUGUACGAAAUUAUUCGGGGACUGCUCAAAAAAUUACAAAAAUUCCAAAUUUGAGUCGGGUGAAUAUGAAUUCGAAGCAAAAAUAUUGCGUUUUUGGUAAUGUGCUGCAAUUUCGUAUGGCUCAUACGGACAUUGAGGUUCCCAAUUGGGAUAAGUAUAGGCGAAAAGGUGCUAAAGAUCCUGAAGUGCCUACAAGUUGUUCUGAGGUCAAAAGCAAGGUUUUUCAGUAUAUGCUUAGUGGAAGUGCUAUUACAGUCGCCCUCUAUGGAUUAAAGGCAGAAGCUUUGAGAUAUAUUAUGUUUAUGGCUGCUUCUGAAGAAGUGCUGGCAAUGGCAAAAAUAGAAGUCAAGUUGGCUGAAAUACCUGAAGGUAAAAAUGUUACCUUUAAGUGGAGGGGGAAACCCUUAUUUAUUAAACACAGAACCCAAGAAGAUAUUAAAAGAGAGCAAGCUACUCAGCUUUCAGAGUUGAGAGACCCAGAAACGGAUGAACAAAGAUGUCCCAAACCUGAGUGGCUAGUAGUUAUAGGCGUGUGCACACAUUUGGGUUGCAUACCUAUACCAGAUAUGGGCGACUACACAGGGGGGUAUUAUUGCCCGUGUCAUGGUUCACAUUAUGAUGGAGCUGGAAGGAUAAGAAAAGGACCGGCUCCAACGAAUUUGGAAAUUCCCGUCCAUGUAUUUAAUGAUGAUGGGAUUUUGGUUGUUGGGUAAAAUAAAAAUAUUGGAAUGUUGUUGAAAUAAAUAUUUAUUUUUUAUACUAAUAAAUAAAAAAUACUGAAUGUUGAUUGAAUAAUUUAUUAUUACACUUAUUAAUAAUUAUGGAUAUUUACAGGUUUGUCAAAAAAUAAAUAACAAACAAAUAUUUUCCAAAUAUUUACAAAUAAAACAAAAAACUGUUUUAUGUACAAUUGAUACCACUUUUUCACUACCUUGAUUCACCUUUUUAUAUACAAUUAAAUAAAAUAUAAUAUCGAUACAAAAUCGACGUAAAGUUUGUUCACAAACUGUCUAAAACAAACUAGUUUGUUUUAGACAGUUUGUAGGAACAAACCUUUGAUAACUAUAACAUAUAAGAGAUCUAUAUUUUUGAGUGCAUUUUUUCAACAAUGUACUCUUCUGUUUAUUAAUUAUAUAAUAUAAUACAAUAUUGGAAUAAUUCAUCAUAAAUAACACUUAAAAAUGUACAGUUUUUUAUGAUGAUGUAAUAAUUAAUAAAAAAUAAUAAACAGGGUGUAAUAAAAAAUAUGUGUAUAGAUAAAAGAUAAAAUUGAUGUUUACACCCUGUACAAGAAAAUGUCAAUAAAAUCGAUCAAAAUAUAAUAUUUAAUAAGGGAAAAUGCUGCACAAAUUCUAAAACAAUUAUUUGGAGAUCAUAAAACUUUUUGGUCAUAUUUUCAAUAAAAAUUAGUAAAAUUCAAUUCAAAUUUGUUGUGGCAACAUUUUCGCCCCAAAAAAAUUCCCAAAGACUAGUUGUUUUAGUACAUUAAAUUAAAUACUGAAAAAUACAAUAAAUAUUUUUUUCCAAGAAACAAAAUCACAAGUCAGUACUACAUCCUCUAAAAUUUAACGUUCACUGAAAAAAAUCGAUGAUACAUAACCUCACUAACUUGGUCUUGAAGCAGUGCUGACAACUACCACAGGUUUAACCAAGUACUGGGUAACCGGUAGUACUUUACCGUUUAUUUGUUGAUUGGUGGCGAUAAAGUGGGUUUGCAUCAAAGGGGUUAGGUCGGUUAACCCCUUUUGUACUAUAGCCACUUUUUGUAGUACCAAACCCUGGUUAACCGGGUAACUAACCGGUAAAACCGACAGCUGAGUGGCUUGUACAGAUUGGGUUGAUGAUACCUUCAAAGAA